AUGGUUAAUUUGCCAAGUGACGAGGAUGAUCUAAUAGAUGAUUUCAAAAAACUUUACAGGUCAUCCAUCACUAACAAUAGAAAUUCAUCGACAUUAUCACUAUUACCGAUUAUACAAUCAGAGCAAUAUAAAUACAUACAUUAUGUUCAUAUAAGUAGAUCCCAUCUAAUUUUUUUAGCCAUUGUUGUUGUUAAUAACAGUGAAAAAUUAAUUAAUAUCAAUAGCUGCAUUACAUAUUUAGAUCUAUUCCAUAACUUAUUGUGCAAAUACUUUAAUUUGAAAAAUAACAUUGAUAGAGAUAUUAUUACAGACAAUUUUAACCUGAUAUAUGAAUUAUUUGACGAAAGUAUGGAUUUUGGUAUUCCACAAUUGACUGACUAUAACAUAAUCCAAGAAUAUAUUAAAGUUAAAGCCAAUUUAGAAAGCGAAGAAACACAAGAACAGGAUAAGAGUGACUACGAAGAAGAAAAUGAAAAUGAAAAUGAAAAUGAAGCACAUACCACCACUUCUGAUAAACAUGGAGAAUCAGAGAUAACGGCCAGGAAAAAAAACCACACUAAAAAAAAAAGUCAUAAAAACAUGAUACAAAACACUUUGCAUAUAAUUAAACAUCCUAGUACAUUGAUCUCCUCGGUUGAUAUCAAGGAUAAGGUUAUGCGAGGCUUCGAGGAAGAUGAAAGCUAUAUGAACAGUUUUGUAGCCAGAACCAUUACCUCGAGCAUCAAUUGGAGACCAAAGGGGAUAUACUAUGCUAAAAAUGAGUUUUUCUUAGAUGUGGUGGAGAAAGUAGAAUAUUGCCAGGAUCUGAACACUGGUGAGAUUAGAGAAAAUUUUAUUGUAGGAACAAUUUUCUGUAAGAGUUACUUGAGUGGGAUGCCAGUGUUAACUGUGGGACUUAUGGAUAAUAAAUUGAUGAACACAACUUAUUUAUUAAACAGAUUUCAAUUCCACCAAUGUGUUCAAUUGGAUGAACUGCAAGACUCAAACACAAUAAAAUUUACACCUCCAGACGGAGAAUUUGAACUGGCUAAUUAUAAAUUGAGGAGAAGACCGCAAUUGGAUCCUCCAGUCAUACAGAUAACAGAGUAUAAUGUAGUUACUAAACCUAAAAAAUGGGUCAGAGUAUUUGUUAAAUUUCGAACUUUUUUCAAAAAACAAACUUCUACAUCGGUAUUAAGAUUGAAAAUCCCUGUUAAGAGAAUUUUAAAAGAAUAUGAAAUUGAUUUGAAAACUGCUCCGAAAUUUAAAACCGACUGGGGUACUAUAUUAUUUAACAUAAGCGAUGAUUUUGUGUUAUGGGAUGUUGGCUCGAUAAAGGGCAGUUAUGGCGACAAAGAAUAUGAAACUGUUUGUCAAUUUAAAUUAUUUGACAAGGAUGAAUACUUGAAAGAACAAGAAUUAUUGAAAAAUUCCAUGGACCCACCCCCGCUAAGAACUGGGCCUAAAUUAGAGAAACUAUAUGAAAACUUGCAUAGAGAGGAUGGUAGCGUAGAAUCCCUCGAAAGUCCUACUGCCAUUGUUGACGAUAAUAAUAAUAAUAAUAAUAAUAAUUCUUCACAUUUAAUUAGUGUACAAUUUGAGAUUCCCUAUUACACCUGUAGCGGGUUAAAGAUUGAAUAUUUAAAAAUUCAGGAGGAUUCUUUGAAAUACCAGUCAUUUCCAUGGAUAAGAUAUAAAACAAUCAAUGACAAAGAAUAUUAUUUUCAAAUAUAA